AUGGACACGAGAAGGGCGGAGUGUUUGCAGCUGAUUAGAUCUUGCAAGACGGUUCCAGCACUGCGUGAUGUGCAUUCGAGGAUCACGGCUCUGGUGGAUCCAGACGAUGUGUUUGUGUGGAACAAGGUGGUGGACGUGUACGGGCGGUGUGGAAGCCCAGAGCUGGCACGGCAGACUUUCGAUGGAAUCCAGAACAAGGACUCUUUUUCGUGGGCGAUUCUUCUCUCGGUCUAUGCCCGGAACGGGCAUGUGCACGACGCCGAGCUUGCAUUUGAUCAAAUCCCCGCCAGGGACACGGUUUCGUGGAACUCCAUGCUUUCUGCAUAUGCCCAAAGCAGGCAACUUGAAAGCUCGACGCUCUUUUUCUGCGAGAUGCCAGAACACAACGUGGUGUCAUGGAAUCUAAUGCUUAAUCUCUAUGCACAGCGUGGUUCCGUAGAAUCCACGAAGAAAUUAUUUGAUCAAGCCCCAGAAAGAAACUUAAUCACAUGGACUGCCAUGCUCACUGCAUAUACUAGGAAUGGGUAUUUAGAAGAAGCAAAACAUUUGUUUCAUUCUAUGCCGGAGCACGAUCUUGUGUCUUGUACAGCUAUGCUAGCAAGUUUUUCACAUUUUUCUUGUUUAGAAGAUGCUGAAUCUCUUUUUGAUAAAAUGCCGGAGUUGGAUCUAGUGUCUUGGACAGCCAUGCUAACAGCAUAUGCCGGAGCAGGGCAUCUUGCAAAAGCGGAGCAGAUCUUUAUCGACAUGCCGCAGCAGAAUCUUGUCUCGUGGACAGCUAUGGUAGCAGCUUAUGCGUCUGCCAGUAAACUUGAAAAUGCUAAGAAGGUGUUCGAAAAUAUGCCAGAGAAAAACGUAAUCUCAUGGAACUCUCUCCUUGCAGCAUAUUCCCAAAACGGGCAUAUUGAAGAAGCAAAGCACACGUUCGAUUCAAUGCCAGUUCGGGACCUCAUUGCGUGGAACUCCAUACUGGGCUCUUACACGGGAAUCGGAGACAUCGAGUUUGCGGAAAGAAUCUUCGCUCAGAUGCCCGAGCGGGACUAUGUCUCGUGGACAUCUGUGUUGGGAAUGUAUGCCGAGAAUGGUCAAAUGGCCUUAGCGGAACAAAUCUUCCAUGGAAUGCCCUUUCGAACCUUGAUUUCUUGGAACAGCCUCUUGUCCGGGUAUGCAAAGAAUUCCCGUCUGAAUCAAGCAAGGGGCCUCUUUGAAAUGAUGCCAGAGAGAAACUUGUUUACCUGGAAUGCUUUUCUCGCAGCAUUUGCUCAAAGCGGUCAUCUUUCUCGCCAGGCGCUGGAGUUUUUCCACCAGCUCAAGACGAUCGAUCUUCCCGACUCCGUGUGCUUCGUAUCGGCCCUGGUAGCUUGCAGUCGCUGCGGUGACAUGGAACUCGCCAGAUCGAUCUUCGUGUCAAUGGGCUUUGAUUUUGGAAUCCAGCAAAUGAUGCAGCACUACUCGUGCCUGGUGGAUCUGCUCAGCCGAUCUGGCCGAGUGAGGGACGCGCGCAGCGUCGUCGCGGAGAUGCCCUUUGCGCCGCGCAUGAUGGAUUGGCGCUGCCUGCUGGGCGCGUGCAAGAGCCACAAGGAGAUAGAGACCGGAUCUAGAGCGGCAGAGAAAGCGCUGGAAAUUAACGCCCAUCACGCGGCAGCCUAUUUACUCGCAGUGGACAUGCUCUAA